AUGACUAAACACGCCCCCUUGGGCACCGCUGCCAUCGUCUUCCUUUCGGGCUCCAUUGUCCUCCUCCUCUUCGUCAUCCUCGCCGCCGUUCGUGACUCGGCGCCCCUGAGCAACACCUACUUCCUCGAGGCUGAUACCUCGGGCAUCACCGGCGCUCGCGAGGGUCUCACGCGAUGGACCUACUUUUACUACUGCAACGACCAGAACACUGAGUGCUGGGGUGCGUGGCCCGCUCCCGCCUUCGGCUGGGCCUGGGGCCGCGACGCCGCCAACGUUCCUUCUGGUCUCGCCGGCAGCCACGGGGGCGGUACUACCAGCACCCAGUUCUUCUACCUGUGGCGCUUCGGCUGGGUCAUGUACCUGAUCGCCCUCUUCUUCAUGGCCAUGGCCUGGUUUGCAAGCUUCCUGGCGUGCUGCGGCCGUCUCGGUGCCGCUGUCGCCGGUCUGGUCUCUGCCUCGGCUCUCUUCUUCCUCACCGUGGCCGCCUCUUUGAUGACUGCAACCUUUGUCAAAGCGCGCAACGCAUUCCAGUCCGCCGGCCGCGACGCCCACAUCGGCACCUACGCCUUCGGAUUCACGUGGGGCGCCUGGGCCGCCCUCCUCAUCGCAACGCUCCUCUUCUGCCUUGGCAUCCGCGGCGACAAGGCCGCUGGUGGUGGCAGCCGUUUCCGCCGCAACCGCAGCACCCGCAGCCGCAGGUCCUUUGACGUCAACAGCGGUCGUCGCGUCAAGGAGGACUACGCAUGA